AUGGAGGAACUCGUGGAGACACUGGAGCGACAGGGACAGAAGCCGACGCAGCUUGCCGAUCGCAUGACGACGCACUUGCCGUCUCGGAUCACGAACGUGACGCUGCACGAGUAUCAACUUGACGGACUGCAGUGGCUGUUGCGGAAGCACGAGCAGGGGCUGAGCUCCAUCUUGGGCGACGAAAUGGGACUAGGGAAGACAUUGCAAGUGAUUGCGUUCGUUGCAGCGCUUAUGGGGAGUGAUGUUGAUGGCCAGAGACGAGGAGGAAAAGGUGGACGGUACCUGGUGAUUGCACCGCUGAGCGUGUUGCCCACUUGGAUGGAGCAGUUCGAGCAGUACGCACCGAGUAUUCCGACCGUCAUGUUCAGUGGCUCACAGAAAGAGCGGGACGCGACGCAGAAAGUGGUUGCUGCUAGUCCAGUGGACGACCCGCUGGUGGUUGUGACGUCGUACGAGAUGCUGCUGCAUGAACACGAGUUCUUGCGCAAGAUUGUGUGGCGUGUGAUGAUCAUGGACGAAGGCCAUCGUCUGAAGAAUGCAAAAGGACAGCUGCACCGCAUUGUCGUGACGAGGCUGCGAUCGAAGCACACGGUGAUACUGACGGGGACACCGAUUCAGAACAACCUUGACGAACUCUUUGCGCUGCUAUCGAUACUGAACCCAAGCAUUUUCCAGGACCGAGAGUUGUUUACGUGCACCUUUCGCGACCACUUCUCCGUAAAUGCACAGCGGCUAGACGGUGAUCGAUAUGCUAAGGCCGGUCGGGCUAGCAAGGCAGAAGUGCUGAUGCAGCGGCUGUUGGCUCCGUUGCUACUAGUGCGCACGGUCAAGGAUGUACAGGGUGCGUUUGUAUUACCGCCGCUGUCUGAAAUAGUUGUUCACACGCCAAUGUCGGCGAUGCAGCGCGCGUACUACAAGGAAGUGAUUGUCAGGAACAGCGGGGCUCUAAAUGGUGAAGCGAAGGUUCUCGGAAACAGGAUCCCGUUGCUGAACAUCUUGCCUCAGUUGAGGAAAGUAUGCAAUCACCCGUAUCUGUUCCCUGGAGCAGAACCUGAGCCAUUUCAGGAGGGGAGUCAUUUGUACGAAAACAGCGGCAAGCUCUUCGUGCUUCAUCAAAUCUUGCCGCGAUUGAAGCAAGAUGGCCAUCGAGUGCUACUCUUUAGCCAGUCUCCACCGUUUUUGGACAUCAUUCAAGACUACCUUACGCUCGAAAGCUUUGCGUACGAACGAAUCGACGGGUCUGUGCGCGGCAAGGAGCGCUGGCACUGCAUUGAGCGCUUUCAGAAAGACCCGGAAACGUUUGUGUUUCUCAUCUCGACACGAGCUGGCGGCCUGGGGUUGAAUCUACAAACUGCGGAUACGGUCAUUUUCGUGGACUCGGACUACAACCCACAAACUGACCUUCAGGCAGUCGCACGUGCCUACCGGCUGGGCCAGACGAAACCCAUUCACGUGAUAAAGUUUUUGUGUGCAAACACAGUCGAAGAAAGCAUAUACCGACGUGCUUUGAAGAAAAUGUGCAUGGUCGAUCGCAUCCGUAACCUUGCUCGCCGAACAAGCGAUGAGCAAGACACUGACGAGGAGGGUGACACGAGUUUACUGAAUAUGAUUCAGUUUGGACUGCACCGACUUAUGGAAGUGACUGGCAAUGAGGAAGGUAGUGCACCCAUGAACCGUCUUGACGAGGGCUACAUUCAGCAUAUUUUGUCCAGGAAGAAUGCAUGUCCGGUCGAAGACAUUGCGGUGGCCAAUGACAACAUAGUAAAGUGUGACAAGUUGCUUGAGUCGGGUGGAGACUUUCAGGAAGGAAACAUGUACUACUUCGAGGGAGAGGACUACACAAAGGUCAUGAGCUGCAAGACGUAUGAUGCAGAGUUGCUGCAGAAAUGGUGCACCGAAACAGCGCGUUGCACGAAACGGCAAACGAAGACGGCCCAGAAAAAGAGAUAUGAGCAAGGCGAGAUGCACGAAGAUGGGGACGAUGACGAACAGUUUGUUGACGACGGAGCAGAGCGAGCUCGAAAGCAACAAGAACGGCGUCAACAAUUGAUGGAAAGAAAACUUGCGCAGUGGAAGGCCAACAAGUAUGCGUCAGCUGCUAUCAGCAUCGACACGGUUCGACAUCCACCGCUUGCCUAUGAUGGGUCCAGCGUCACUCGGCUGUAUUACAAGUCCGGAGACGCUAGCGAACCGUCUCGGAGCUCACUUCGUGGGAGGUCGUAUGUUAUUGUUCAUUGCGUGGAUACUAGCGGAGUAUGGUGUUCGCGUGGUUUCUUUCGCGCUCUGUCACUACUUUCACCGGCAAUUCAGAAGCAGUAUGAAGCGGCGGGGCGCAACAACGAUCUGAAGCUUGGCAGUGCUCACUUGAUUCCUCUGCCAUCACAAGAUGCGACCGGUAGUCCAGCGUGCAUCGACCGGCAUGUGUGCUUACUCGUUGUGCAAGCUUGUGUCGGCAAGAAGAAACAACGUGUGGGAAAAGGGCCUCGUAGCGUGCAGCAUGCUCGCCGCGGCAGAUCUUCGGACUUCCGCCUGCACGCGCUCGAUACGGCAUUGCGGGCGCUGGCACAUCGUUGCCUUGAGCUGGGGGCUACAGUCCAUCUCCCCCGUAUUGGCUACGGCACUCCAAAUUUCAACUGGUAUACGGUUGAGCGUCUACUGGCCCGCAAUUUUCGAGACGUGGGCGUCGAAGCCACCAUUUACUAUCAUUCUGCGAGACGGGAGACGCGAAAUUAA